AUGCAGCUGUCAUUAAGAUUAGUUCCGCUAAUCCUAUUAAUUGGCAUAUGGAUUGAAACUACACAAUGUGCCAAAAUACCAGAAACAACAACGAUUGGUUCCAAGGAAGUUGGUAGUGAUGAAAGUGGAGUAGCAGAAACUGAAGACUAUGGAUAUACAGCAACUGGUUCAAGUACUUCGGAUGAUAAUGAAAAUGAAGAUUCUGGUAAAACUGAUACGGAUGGAAUUGAAACAGAUGUUAGUGGUAGAGAAAGCGAUGAAUCUGAAUCAACAGGUACUGGAGAGACAGAUGAAACUGGUGAUUCAGGUUCGUCUGGUAGUGGCUCUGAUGAAAAUAGUGAAACAGGCUUGACUGAUGAUGGAUCAGGUUCAUCUGGCUCGACAGAUAUGGAAGAAAUAAGUGAAUCAGGAACCAGUGCUAGUGCUAGUGGAGAAACUGGACUUAACGGGUCCGAAGAAACUAGUGAAACUGGACUGACUGGUGAUGGAUCAGAAUCGUCUGGUAGUGGCUCGACAGAUAUGGAAGAAAUAAGUGAAUCAGGAUCCAGUGGUAGUGGUACUGCAGGAACUAGUGCAACGGGAUUGACUAAUGAUGGAUCCGAAUCAACAAGUAGUAGCGAAAGUGAAAAUGGAUCAAUCGAGACGAAUGGUAGUAAAAAAACUGGACCAUUAGAAGUAGAAGAUACUGAUACUAGUAAUACAGUUUCUAGUGGAACAGGAUCAAGUGAAACUGAGACGAGCUCAACUGAUGACAGCAGUUCUGGCUCUAGUGUAUCAAGUGAAAGUGAAGACUCUGGUUCAAGUGGAAGUGGCAGUAGUGCGUCUGAUUCUACUGGAACUGGCUCUAGUACCACAGGAACUAGUUCAAGUGGCAGCGGAAGUGUUGUUAAAAAACCUAUCAAAUCUCCCAAUAAGAAAAAACCCACUACUAAGAAACCAGUUAAUAAAAAGCCUGUUACUAAAAAGCCAAUAAAUAUGAAACCUGUUAAUAAAAAGCCCAUUAAUAAAAGACCUGGUAACAAGAAACCGCUUAAUAAGAAACCCAAUGGAAAUAAAGUAUCCAAUAAAGCAAAAGGUAUCACAAAGCCGGUCAAUAAAAAACCUGGUAACAAAAAGCCUGUAAACCAAAACUCUGCAACUAGAAAUCCAGGCAAUAAAAAGCCUGUUAACCAAAAUACUGCAGCAAAAAAACCAGCAACCAAGAAACCUGCUGCUAAAAAUCACGCCACCAAGAAACCUGUUGCUAAAAAACCCGCCUCCAACAAACCUGUACCCAAAAAUCCUGCCAACAAAAAACCAGUGUCCCCAAAGACGGCUACCAAACAAACUGUGACUAAAAAGCCUGCUGCUAAAAACCCAAUAGUCAAAAAACCUGCAACCAUACGGCCUGCUAACAAAAUCCCAGCACCAAACAAGCCACAAGCCAAGAAACCUGUUACCCUUAAGCCGGUACCCAAAAAGGCUCCCAAUCAAAACAAUAAACCUAACGCUAAUAAACCUGCAAAUAAAAAUCCUAAGGGCAAAAAAUUAGCACCAACUAAACAUAUGAAUAAACGGCAAGUUCCUAACAAACAAGGUUAA